AUGGCUAUCCUACUGCGCACCCUGGCGACACUCGCUGCUGUUGCCGGCUCCUCUCACGCCCUGACUCAUGGUAGCUCGACGCAGCAGAGCCAAGCUCAGCCCUCAAUUUCUGUCUCCUCCAACUCUCCAUUUUCGUUGAGCGUUCACUAUGGCCGACAGACCGUCCAUAACAGCGCCAUCUUGGCUGGCAACACGAACAGCUCCGUGACACCCAUCUCUGCAUCAAGCGCCGGUAGUAUCGCCAACGGAGCCGGCCAGAUCUCAGCGACGGUCAUCAAUCCCCAGGUGGCAAGGAUAUCUGUCAAUACAAUAUCCGGCUUUGUAGGCGCACGUUUCACGGCUUCGAACUCGAGCAAAUUCUACGGCGUUUGGGAAUACCCAUGGUACAAUAGGCUGGACAAUGCCGGCAUCGAGUUUGACUUCAAAGGCUUAGGAGACUCCGACGGCAUCAACUGGUCCAAUGCUAGAGCACCUUUCUUCCUCACAGAUGAUGGCUAUGGUGUAUACGCGGACACACUCGCGAUGGGCUCCUUCGACUUCAGCCAGCCCGGUAGUGCUCAGUUUGUCUUCAAUACCAGUAGUCUCGUCUACUACGUUGUUUUGCCCGAAACAACAGGCGACUACAAGAGCCUGCUGACGGCGUUCGCUGGUUUGAGCAACACGAUCGAGAUGCCUCCGGACUCUGGAUACGGGCCGACGUUCUGGAGCGACGAUUUUGAGGAAGACUUUCACGCUGGCGUGCAUAAUGCGCAGGAGAACUACUACGAUGUCAUCGACCAUCUGUAUUACAAUCAGAUACAUGCUAGUUCGAUGUUUGCGGACAGGCCAUAUGGCACUGGCAAUAGCAGUUUUGGCAACUUCGAUUUUGAUCCGGUGUACUACCCUACGCCGAAGGAAUUCAUUGCGAACUUAUCACACUGGGGCUUCGACUUCCAGGUGUGGGCUGCCAACCGAGCCUUCCUCGACACCAAGCUUUAUAACGCUUCUGUCGCCAACGGUUGGCUUUUCCCCAACAUCAGCGCCGAGUUCUUCCAAGGCCCAGCACUCAAUCUCAGCAUCCCGGAAGCUUACAGCUACUUGAAAGAGCACAUGUCGUAUUUCCCGUCGGUAGGUGUCAAAGGCUAUAAGAUCGACCGUGGUGAAGAAGAGGAAAUGCCGGUGUGGGAGCAGAAUGUGCAAAUGACACUGUUCGAGCAACUCUGCUAUGAGACCAUGGUCGAGAAAUGGGGCGAGAGUAACUUCUAUGACUUCGCUCGCUCGGCGGUAGAUCGAUCGAGAGUACGAACAGCGGUAUGGAACGGCGACUCGCACUCGAAUUAUUCCGGCCUCGCUUACUCCGUUACGAGCGGUAUUCGUGCUGGACUCGUUGGCUUCUCCCAAUGGGGUAGCGACACUGGUGGCUACAUCCGCGGGCUAAACGAUCCUGCCCAGGAGCUCUGGGCGAGAUGGAUGUGGUUCAGUACCUUCUCACCAGUGUACGAGAUCAUGAUUGGGACGAACCACACGCCAUGGUAUCCACCGUAUACUUCUGAGCUCGUGGACGUACUGAAAGAGACGGCCAAUAUGCACCACGACUUGCUGCCGUACAUCAGGUCGUAUACGUACCAAGCACAUACCACCGGCGUUCCAGUCCUACGAGUAGCGUUUCUCGAGGCACCUGCGGACGCCAAGGCGUGGUCUCUAGUCGACUCCUACUUCUUCGGCUCUGAGUUCUUCGUUGCACCCAUUGUAAGCGAAGGCGGCAAGCGGACAAUCUACUUCCCAGAGGGCACGAAGUAUCUGGAGUACUUCAACAAGACGGCCGUUCACCAAGGAGGAAGCACAUGCGAAGUCGACCUGAGCGUGCAUUAUGUGCCAGUAUACGUCCGAGCUGGUGCUAUCGUGCCCCGCGGCGAUAUCUUCCAGGCCAACAACAAGUGGACGGAUGACUGGCAGCCAGAGUUGACGAUCGAGCUAUACCCGAGUGCUGACGUGCCUUAUUCGAGCUUCCCUUACUACAACGGCGCAGCGAAGAGCCAGGUGCCGAUCACGAUGGUGGUUGAUGCAGUCUCUGGAGAUGUGGCCGUGGAGUAUGGCGCUGUCGGCGUCAACGGCACUCUGGUCGUGUUCACGAAGAGUGGGAUGAUGAAGGCGACAUUGACCGCUCAAGGCGGAGCAGCGAACUUCACCGGCGUAGUAAGCCUAUUCGACGACUGA